AAACCUGCAGUCGCACCAAAAUGUCUGCGGAAGUGUGUCCUUUAAACUUAGAGGGUUAUUUGGUUUACUGUUCAGAUUCAUUUUGAGGUCCUUUACGGUAAAAUUAUAGACUUUUGCGCAAGAUAUAUUUUAUAUAUGGCCGUUUAAAAUUAUAUUGUUUCACUUUCAUGUAGCGUCAGAAGGUAAAGCAUGCAGCGUGGUUCCCAUGCAAGCAACUCAGGCGGACAAGCCUUCCGCGUCCUCGUCGGGGUAACAGGCAGUGUGGCAGCUUUAAAACUGCCUCUGCUGGUCUCGCAGCUCCUUGAAUUACCCGGGGUGGAGGUUCAGGUGGUCACCACUGACCAUGCUACCCAUUUUUACAAGCCUGAGCAGAUCCCAGUCCGAAUUUACACCGACAGGGACGAGUGGCAGGUACCCAUGAUAUCCAAGAUGUGGACGCAGCGCUCAGACCCAGUGCUGCAUAUAGAGCUGCGCCGCUGGGCCGACCUGAUGCUCAUCGCUCCUCUGGACGCCAACACUCUGGCCAAGAUAGCUGCCGGUAUCUGUGACAACCUUCUGACAUGUGUAGUGCGUGCCUGGGACCUGCGCCGUCCGUUGCUUUUCUGCCCUGCCAUGAACACAGCCAUGUGGGAGCACCCCAUCACCGCCCGGCAGCUGGAUACGCUGAAGGACUUUGGCUACGUGGAGGUCCCCUGCAUCGUGAAGAAGCUGGUCUGUGGGGAUGAAGAUUCAGAUUCAAAGUCUCCCCAAAGCUGUAACUGCAACAACAGAGGGCAGCAAAACUGGAACUGUAACAACAGAGGGCAGCAAAACUGGAACUGCAACAACAGAGGGCAGCAAAACUGGAACUGUAACAACAGAGGGCAGCAAAACUGGAACUGUAACAACAGAGGGCAGCAAAACUGGAACUGUAACAACAGAGGGCAGCAAAACUGGAACUGUAAGACAGAGGGCAGCAAAACUGGAACUGUAAGACAGAGGGCAGCAAAACUGGAACUGUAAGACAGAGGGCAGCAAAACUGGAACUGCAACAACAGAGGGCAGCAAAACUGGAACUGUAAGACAGAGGGCAGCCAACAGCGAAAAUGGAGCUUGCAGCCAGCAUCCUGUAAACAGAACCAUUCGCCAUCUAAUUGAAUAAUCUUACUGUGGAGCUUCAUGCAAGCUUCCCAAGAACAUUGUGUAGGUCAGUGAUUCUAAAACUGUGGGUUGCAUGAUGAAUAUUUAUUUAUUUAAAUUUUUUUUAGAAGUUGAGAGAAUGUGCAUGAAGCCGGACACACAGUAGAUGUGUGUCUGCUGUUAACUUACAAUGAUUCUUAUACACUUUUUUAAAAUCUCUUAUCAAGAUUUCCGUUAGAGGGGACACCCCCAGCAUCAUUUCUUUUCCACCAGUCGCCACCAUUAUGUUUUCCCUUAUCGGGUUUGGGUUCCCCCGCCCUUAUGCGCCUCCACCAUUGCUUCCUUCCUUUUAGGGUUUCAGUUGCUGCAGUUGCUCAAUCAUUUCUUGGUUUGCCCUUCUGGAAAAAAUAAUUGUGUGUGGUAUAAUAUCUAUGGAAAGCAUAUAUAUCAUAUAUAUAUAAUAUAUAAAAUAUAUAUACCUUGUAGAGACAGAGCCCAGAACCUAGGUUAAUCGGUCAAGGUCAUGAUGGGUCAGUAAGCAUUGGUGGUUGGCUACACGCUUCUUAUAUUUUAUGAAACAUAAAGUGAUAAACGUCAAAGGUAAUAUAAGGUGUAAAUACAUACUUAUGUAUAGUACAGUAAUUGGCAUUCAUUCUCUAAAGGUUACAACGUCAAAUUCAAUGUAAGUUACAUCAUCCUCUGCAGGUUACAUCUGAAUAGUGUAAUUACAUUCUCUAAGUGUUACACAGUGUAGUAUAAUAUUCCAUAGUUGCAGGUAGGAUUGCACAAUUGUUUUUGAAUCGCAACCUCAAUUCAUACUAAGAGUGGGGGUGGGGGGGG